AUGAUGGAUCAGGCUAUGGCUAAUAUUCAGUUGACUGGCGGCGUCCCGAAUCCCGUCGACCAAAGCGGGCUAUGUUUAUUGUCCUUGGACGGAGGUGGAGUCCGAGGACUAUCUACCCUUGGUAUUUUGAAGGGUAUCAUGUCACAACUUAAUAGGAAACCGUGUGAGGUCUUUGACCUUAUCGGAGGCACAAGCACUGGCGGCCGGGGCGGCAUUACACGGCUAAGAAGCUACGGCCUUCCCGAAAAGCCCAACAUCCCUGUCACUAUCCGCGAAGCUGCUCUUGCUACAUCAGCUGCCACUGGCUUCUUUGAUCCUGGUCUUCAGGAUAUUGGCCUGGCAGAGUACAAGGAACAGGGAAACAUCAUGCAGGCGACGGAUGAUUAUUUAGACCAUCAGGACCGGGUUUUCGCGAAGGGAAUUUCUAUCGCUGACCUUUUUAUAGACUGGGCUCCACACGAUCUAGAAGUCAAUGUUCAAAACUUCAAAGAUGCUUGCAUCCACAACCAGACAGGCGUUCGAUUCUACUUGAUCCCAUUCCCGCGGAAUCUACAGUUCGUUGGCCGCAAGGGACUAGUCGAUGAGCUUACUGAAAAGCUAUUUAUAUCUAAUAGCAGCCAGACAAUUGCACUUUUCGGCCUAGGCGGUGUCGGGAAAACACAAGUUGCCCUUCAACUUGCCUAUUGGGUAAAACAAAAUCGACCAGAUUACUCGGUCUUCUGGGUUUCAGCUCUUAGUUACCCCGCAUUUGAGCAAUCAUAUGCUGAGAUAGAAAAAAGGUUGGACUACAGCAGAACACCACAGAAGAUCCGAAAGAAGCAGUCCAGUAUUAUCUAA